AUGGACGGAAAUGAUGGAAAAUCACUUGUUAAAGUCGAACUAAAACAAGAAGAAGAAAUCCAUUCCGAUCUACAAGAAAACAUUUUAGUAAGCAACGAAGGACUGGUGACAAUAAAGAACGAAAUCAGCAUCACUGCACAGUGCUCUAAAUCGCUCGAUAAUGAAGAAAUACAACAGGCUGAUUGUGGAUGGAAUAUUAAAACCCAAAUUUCAAACAAUGUUAAUGCGCUACUAUGUGAACACCUUUUAAAUCAUACUGAUACUAAAAUUUGUAAAUGUGCUCUUUGCAAUUUCGAGACAAAUAACAAAUCCUACUUUAAACAACAUCUUUUAAAACAUACCGAUUCUAAAUAUUUUAAGUGUGCUCAUUGUGAGUAUGGAACAAAUAGUGAACAAUGUUUUAAACUACACCUGUUAAAACAUAUUGAUUCUAAACAUUUUAAAUGUGUUAAUUGUGAUUACAAGACGAAUAACAAAUACCACUUUAAAGUACACCUCUUAACACAUACCGAUUCUAAAGAUUUUAAAUGUGCUAAUUGUGAUUACGAGACAAACGACAAACAAUACUUUAAACUACAUCUGCUAAAACAUAAAGCUUCUAAAGAUUUAAAAUGUGUUCAUUGUGAUUAUGUAACAAAUAAUAAAAAAUAUCUUAAACAACACCUUUUAAAACAUACUGAUGUUAAAUAUUUUAAAUGUGCUCAUUGUGAUUACGAAGCAAAUAAUAAAGUCAACAUUAAGCGACACCUUUUAAAACAUAUUUCCAACGUUUUAAAAUGUGUUCAUUGUGAUUAUGCAACAUAUAACAAAAAUUAUCUUAAACGACACCUUUUAAAACAUACCGAAGUUAAAGAUUUUAAAUGCGCUAAAUGCGAUUUCGAGACAAAUUACAAAUACUACUUUAAACAACAUCUUUUAAAACAUACCGAUUCUAAUGAUUUUAAGUGUGCUCAUUGUGAGUAUGAGACAAAUAAUGAAAAAUAUCUUAAACGACACCUUUUAAAACAUAUCGAUUCGAAAUAUUUGAAAUGUGCUCAUUGUGAGUAUGGAACAAAUAAUGAACAAUAUCUUAAAAGACACCUUUUACAACAUAACGAUUCUAAAAAUUUUAAAUGUGCCGAUUGUAAUUUCCAGACAAAUAACAAAUAUUACUAUAAACAUCACCUUUUAAAACAUACAGUUUUAGAAUUUAAAUGUGUUCAUUGUGAUUAUGUAACAGAUAAUAAAAAAUAUCUUAAACGACAUCUUUUAAAACAUAUCGAUUCUAAAGGUUUUAAAUGUGCUAAUUGUGAUUACAAGACAAAUAACAAAUACCACUUUAAAGACCACCAUUUAAUACACACUGAUCCCAAAUUUUUUAAAUGUGCUCAUUGUGAUUAUAGAACAAAUAGUAAACGAUACCUUAUAGGGCACAUUUCCAGACACAAAUUUUCUAGUAGCAUAAAUGAUGUGCUAAAAUGUGCUGAUUGUACUUACGAGACAAAUAACAGACGUCAGUUUAAACAACAUCUUCUAAAACAUAAAGUUUCUAAGUAUUUUAAGUGUGCUCAUUGCGAUUAUGAGACUUAUAUAAGAUACUGUCUUAAACGACACGUUUUAACACAACAUCAACCUUUUUUAUAAAGGAACAAAGAUCUUGUGGAGUAAAAUAUUAAUUCUCUGUAGUAUGGGGUUUAUUGAGAGGGAGGUCUACGUGUCCUAACUAACAUUAGUAACAUCUAAUCUAAUUUUGAUUUUGAUUCUCUGUAGAUUUUCCAAAAGUUUCCUAACGGCGUAAAUAUUUUCCGAGUAGUAUAAUCUUCAGUUUAUCAAAAAUUUGGAGUAAUAUAUUUUUCAUCCUUAAAAGUUUUUCAGUUGUUAUUCAGAAAGAAUAGGUAUGUUUUUUAAAUAGUGCGUCAUGUAUUUGUCAAUUUCAAAAAUAAGGACAACUGCUUAAUGUUUAUAGGUAGUUAAUAGUUAUUUAAAACAUAAGUGUGUUAAGAUAGAGGCAAUUAUAUUAACAAUUAAGACAUGAUGAUUUUGGCGAUUCAAUUAUGAAAGAAAUAGGUAGGUAUGUAUUGCAAAGUGCAAAUACCACAAAAUGGAAUUAUACUACUUCCUCAAAAAAGUAGGUAGUUAUUUUAUGCAAUGACGUAUGAAGAAUUUGAAGAGGUAUUGUACGCUGUUCAGAAUCGACACUGAGCGGAAAAGGGAUCAUUACAAGGUUAUGACACAAUGAUUUGUUGUAUGUUAUUUUGUUUUAUUAAUUUGAAUAAUAAACAAAUAAAA